AGUGGAAUAUAGACGUCUCUAUUUUCCAACAAUGGUCCUUCUCUUUUAUAGAACAAGUGAACUAAAAACUGGGAAAUUAAUUGGUGAAGACAAGUAUGGUAACAAAUAUUUUGAAGAUAAACGAUACUUCUUUGGUCGGCAUAGAUGGGUUGAAUACACCAGUGAGAUGAAUGGGAAGAGCACAUAUUGGGAAGUGGAUGGGAGUAUGGUCCCUCCAGAAUGGCAUCGCUGGCUUCAUUGCAGUACCGAGGAUUCCCCCACUACACACCCUCCUGUUGCGCGGAAGUUUAUCUGGAAGACUCAUCAGUUUAACAUGAGUGGUACACCAGGCCAGUACGUACCUUACUCCACUACACGCAAGAAGAUUUAUGAAUGGGUCCCACCACAGGCCAGUCGAAAAUGAACAGGCAACUUUCUUCUCUGUAAAUUAUACUUUCCAUUUUGUCUUUCUGUCUGUGAACAGCUCGCACCAAUAAAAUUAUAAUGUGCAGA